UCGCCGCUGCUGCAGGCUGCUGCACACCACACGGAUCCGUCGCGUCAGCAGCCCGGAACGUUCAGACGGUGGACGACGCUAGGCGCCGCCGGUGGACAAUCUCCUCCAGGGAUCGCGAGACCGGCCGGCCAAAUCGUCCGCGAUAAGAUAUGCGCCACGGACGUCGGACAGCGGCGAUCGGUCGCGCGAGACGACGGCGAUUAACCCGCUGUGCGUCAACAGUCAGCCGCGUCGUCACGGCGCGUCUCCUCUCGCCGCGAGAGUGAGAGCCGACGAUAGGGACCGGACGGUGGGAGAGAAGGCUCUCUCUGAUUUAGAGAAAAGAAAGGGGGAAAAAAAAAGUACAAAAACGGGGAACGAAAAAGCGCGCCGCCGCCUCGACGCCUCCGCCACCGCCAUGAGGCUGGAGGAGAUGCCGUUGCGGCUGAGCUCCGAUGAGCGGGACUUUGAAAUGGACGACGACGAGACCGACUAUUUGCUGCAGCCGUCCGGAGACAGCAUCAGGCAGCUGACGUCGUCGAGGCGACGGCGCAUCGUCGAUUGCUCCAAGUACCUGAAGAGCUGCCUGUGCGGAUGCUGCACUUGGAUGUGGAGGAGAUGCUGCAGAGAGCGGGAAUUGAGAGCCAGAGUUAUUCAUAUUGGGCAGCCUAUGCAUGAAAAGUUUCCCACUAAUGUUAUAAGAAAUCAAAAAUACAAUGUUGUUACUUUCUUGCCUUUGGUCCUCUUUCAGCAAUUCAAAUUCUUCUUGAAUUUAUAUUUUUUGCUUAUGGCUAUAUCUCAAUUUAUACCAGACAUAAGAAUAGGAUACUUGUACACGUAUUGGGGGCCAUUAUGCUUUGUUUUAACUGUGACUAUUUUCCGGGAAGGCAUUGAUGAUUUUAGAAGAUACAAGAGAGACAAGGAGGUCAAUGCACAAAAAUACUAUAGACUAGUAAAAGGUUUUGAUACACCAGAAUUAGUACCAAGUUCCAAAUUACGCGUGGGUGACUUAGUUAUAGUAGAGAAGGGUCAGAGAGUACCAGCUGAUUUAGUAUUACUACGUACAACCGAGAAAUCUGGCGCGUGUUUUGUGCGGACCGAUCAGUUGGAUGGAGAAACGGAUUGGAAAUUAAGAUUAGCAGUGCCUGCAACGCAAAAAUUGGAAAGCAAUUCCCAGUUGUUUGAUAUUAAAGCUAGUUUAUAUGUCGAAAAACCUCAGAAGGAUAUACAUAGCUUCAUCGGCACCUUUUCAAGGUAUGAUGGAUACAGCAGUGAAGAAAGCUUAGGUGUAGAUAAUACAUUAUGGGCCAACACAGCUGUGGCAUCUGGUUCUGCUCUUGGUAUCGUCGUUUACACUGGUCAGGAAACGCGAUCUCUGAUGAAUCAUUCGGAAAUUCGAUCGAAAGUUGGCUUGCUUGAUCAAGAAAUUAAUCAGCUGACAAAGGUAUUAUUUUGCGCGGUAAUAGGACUCGCACUUGUGAUGAUGUGCUUGAAAGGAUUCAAUGGACCGUGGUAUCGUUAUAUGUUCCGUUUUGUCUUACUAUUCUCCUACAUUAUACCGAUCAGCUUGCGAGUAAACUUGGACAUGGGCAAAGCAUUUUACGCGUGGUGUAUACAAAGAGAUAAGGAUAUUGCCGGCACGGUCGUGAGAACGACCACUAUUCCGGAGGAACUCGGACGUAUAUCGUAUUUGCUGAGUGACAAGACCGGCACGUUGACGCAAAAUAAAAUGGUAUUCAAGAAGUUACAUCUGGGCACCAUAUCUUACGGUCAGGAGACUUUCGAUGAAGUGACAUCAGUAUUAAAGACUUACUAUCCUAUCGAUACGGAACAUUCGCCGGUGAAAUCGACGCCGUCCGCGUACAGCGGGAAAGUCCGAAGGUCCGAGAACACUCGAAUCUACGACGCCGUGCAUGCUUUAGCCCUGUGUCACAAUGUAACUCCGGUGUACGAUGAAGUGAACAAAUCCACGAAUUUAGAUUCUGUGAGCGUGCAGACAGUGGAAACAGGAGAUACAGGUUCUAUUCAAAGUCAAACGGAAGCAGAUCAACAUUACUAUCUGCCAGAACAGAAACGUAAUUAUCAAGCUUCGAGCCCGGACGAGGUGGCUCUGGUGAAAUGGACGGAGGAAAUGGGACUGGCUUUAGUCAAGCGAGACCUAAAUUCGAUGCAGUUAAAAACUCUGAACGGUCAAAUACUGAAUUACACUAUACUGCAGAUAUUUCCUUUUACGUCGGAAACCAAGCGAAUGGGAAUAAUCGUAAGAGAGGAGUCUAGCUCCGAGAUUAUAUUCUAUUUGAAAGGUGCCGACGUUGUAAUGUCUGGCAUUGUGCAGUAUAAUGAUUGGUUGGAUGAGGUGUGCGAAAACAUGGCGCGUGAAGGUCUUAGAACGUUAGUUGUGGCAAAGAAAAAUUUGACUGAGGAUCAAUAUCUUGAUUUUGAAGCCAGAUACAACGCGGCAAGGAUGAGCGUCAGUGACCGUGUAUCAAGGGUCGCUGCGGUGGUGGAGAGUCUUGAGAGAGAAAUGGAAUUGUUGUGCGUAACUGGUGUCGAGGACAGAUUGCAAGAUCGAGUAAGGCCUACAUUGGAACUGUUGAGGAACGCCGGAAUCAAGAUAUGGAUGCUAACUGGUGAUAAAUUAGAAACCGCGACUUGCAUAGCGAAAUCCUCGCGUCUCGUGUCACGCAGUCAAGGUCUGCACGUCUUCAAAUCUGUUGUGACACGCACGGAUGCUCAUUUGGAACUGAAUACAUUUCGCAAGAAACAAGAUUGUGCCUUAGUUAUCAGCGGUGAUUCUUUAGAGGUGUGCCUGCAGUAUUACGAGCAAGAAUUUCUAGAACUUGCUUGUGGCUCACCUGCUGUCGUUUGCUGCCGAUGCUCUCCCACACAGAAAGCCGAAGUUGUCAGUCUCAUACAAAGACAUACCGACAAAAGGACAGCGGCUGUCGGCGAUGGUGGUAACGACGUCUCCAUGAUACAAGCCGCGGACGCUGGAAUUGGUCUUGAAGGUCUUGAGGGAAGACAAGCAUCGCUAGCUGCUGAUUUUUCAAUUUCUCAGUUUAGUCACCUUGCUAAUUUACUAUUAGUCCACGGCAGAAGAAGUUAUAAACGAUCGGCCGCAUUGAGUCAAUUCGUUAUACAUCGUGGUCUGAUAAUCUCGACUAUGCAGGCUGUGUUUUCUGCCGUCUUUUAUCUGUCUUCGGUUGCCUUAUACCAAGGUUUUCUUAUGGUAGGAUAUGCUACAAUAUACACAAUGUUUCCCGUAUUUUCGUUGGUAUUAGACAAAGAUGUAUCAGGAAAGAUAGCGCUUACUUAUCCGGAACUUUACAAAGAACUCAGUAAAGGUCGUUCGUUGUCAUAUAAAACAUUUUUUAUGUGGGUUUUGAUAAGUAUAUAUCAAGGAGGAGUAAUCAUGUAUGGCGCGCUUAUAAUGUUCGAGGAUGAAUUCAUUCACAUAGUGGCUAUAAGUUUUUCAGCCCUAGUCUUGACAGAAUUAAUAAUGGUCGCUUUAACAAUUAGAACUUGGCAUCACAUAAUGAUGCUUGCAGAAAUCUUCUCUCUAGCGCUCUAUUUAUUAUCAUUGGUCGUCUUAAAGGAUUACUUCGAUGCUGAAUUUAUUAAAACAACGGACUUCUUGUGGAAAGUAUUGGUGAUAACAUUAGUCUCGUGUAUGCCUCUGUACAUCCUAAAGUUUUUGCGGAAGAAAUUUUCGCCUCCUAGUUAUACUAAAUUAUCGUAAUAUCUUAUUCGGAAAUUCAUCCGCAUAUAGAUAUGACAAGGGAGGAUAAAACGUCAAACAUCACAACUUAUUAAGAACACAAAGAAGAGUUGUAUAAAAAUUUUCUUUUUGUUCUGCAAUAUCUCUAAUAAUCCAAUCCAAUUAAUAUAAUUUUUAAUAAAAUUUUUAAGAAAAAUUGUACCGUUUUAUAACCAACUAUUUUUGUAACACUCAUUUUUUGACAUUAGUCCUAAAGAGGACAUGGCAUAUAACAGGAAAUGUAAUAUCACUGAUAAUGUUUCUAAAUUUCUUGUAUUAUAUCUGCAUACUCUGACUUCAAGGAAAAAUGGAUUGGAUUAAACUUGUUAUAAACGAACAACUUCUCGACUCAACAAAUGUUAAUUCUUCCUGCAAGCUUAUCUACUUUGCAUCUUGGCUUUAAAUAAAAUAUACUUUUUUUAUACUUUAUUUUCUUUAUAUUUCUUGUUAGUAUAUUAAUUUAUUUGUAAAUGCAUUGCCAAAGGUCGCAUCUUCCAUUUCGGUGUGUUUAUACGCACAUAUAUUGCGACAUUAUAUAUUCACUUUACAUAUAUCAUUCAUUUUUUAAUAUUAAUUAGAUAUGUUCUCUAUCGCAAACACAACAGUAUUUAUCAUGUAUCUAAAUCCGCAUAUCUGCAUAAAUCAAUAUAAGUAAUCUUAAUUUGUAUAACAAUAACUAAAUGCAUUUGACUUAAAAAUGGCUAGAAUCAAUAUGAUUAAGGUGCUAGAAUUUGAGUAUCAGAAAUUAAAAAACUGUGAUUUUUGCGAAUUAAACCCUAACCGGUAUAUGUUAUUAUAUAAGAGAGAAGUUUUAGUCUCUAAAAUUGUUCAAAACCAUUAAUUUUUAUUUUAUUUUUUAAAACAUUCUAUACGAAGGGGAGCAUGUCUUUUGUUGUAAUUUAUAUAUAUAUAUAUAUAUUCUGAGCACAUAAAUAAAUAAUGCUAGAUUACAUAAUGUUUUAUAUUCAUGUACAUAUUGCAGGCAUGUAGAACAUAACGUGUAAUCGUUGUUAUCUCUAAUAUGAAACGUAUCACAAGUAAUAUAGUUACUCCUAGAGAAUUAUUAUUUGCUAUGUAACGCGUUUAUAAUUAAUUUAUUCACAAAUAAAAUAAUAUAUUCCUUUUCCUGUA